UUUCACUUACAGCAGCCCGAAACUGUCGUUCAGUUUAUUACUCACGCACAAGUUUCAGGUACAUCGAGAUUUUGUAAAUACUGUAAGUGGAAGUUUACUACACAAGGACUCCCUCUAUCGCAAUAUUAGAGAAGUGCAUGCUAUGGCACAGUGGAGCAAGUUCAUUUAUUCUGAUGUCUAGUGUUUAUUUGUGUGUGUGUUUUACUUUUAUUUUUGCAAGACAAUAAAAUACAAGAUGUGUAAGUGUAACGUAGUAUAACAAACUUUUUCAUUUGAUGCGUAAAGCAUGCGUAGGAAACCAGCAUAGAUUUUCAGGCAUUACCGUACACUAAACUGUGAGAUUUAUCAUAGUGGUCCCGUGUGCAGGCCGACUCUUUGGUCUGAAGGUGGUGCAAGAGGAAAACUCGUGAAUUUAAAAAAUGGGGGACAUAUAUUCAGACUUUACAUGAACGUAAAUGUAUGGCACAUAAUACAACACAUUUUCUUUUUUACAAUGCGUGCACUAAUUAAAUGCAAUAGCAAACAUUUUCCAUAAACACUGGCAACGGACAGUAAUUUAAAUAUCCUUACCUAAAUAUCUCCCCACCAGCCUACCAGUUUAAGUUCAAGCCCCUAAAGCCCAACUUGUUUUUUCUAAAGACAAGCAGUGUAGUGCCAGUCUUUGCAAUGAGCAACUGACACUGACUGAAGUUUACAAAAGUUUUUCGUGCUAACGUAAUAUCUAAAGAAGCAUUGUUAUAAAAGUAAUAGCAGGUUUAAAUUACCGACGCCACACACAAACUGAGUGACAGAGUUUUAACAGGUCAAGGUUAAAAGAACAGAACAGUCACUUGUCAUAAGAGUGCAAUAUAUUGUGCUGUGAAGUGAAACCAACUAACCAUCCGAUUCACAAACAUAAGAUUAUAUUGCUAAUGAGGCUACAUAGUCGUUAAGGCACGAUUUGGUUACAACUUCUGCACAUCCUAGAAUAAAGAGGGCAGAUUUUCAUUGAAGACUCAAGACUAGUCUUUCAAUAGCCCUCGGGGAAAUAAAUAAGCUGAUAUAGGCUGGAUCUUUUUAGCUCUUUUGGGUAAUAAAUUGGUAUAAUGAGACAGCAGUUGUUAGUAGGUCAGGGUAGUAGUGGUCAGCCAUCAUUGUACUGUCAGAGGAAGGACAGGCCCUUUGGGAACAGCUGUACAAGGCCUGGAUAAAGUAGCCCUUCCCAAGGAUCUCUGGCUACAAGGAAGAACACCAAUGCUGAGAUACAGUGGAAGAAUGACUGGGUUCUUGUGUGAAGUACAACAAAGCAUAACGACUGGCCAGAAGACACAGAUUAAACUCUGGUGGGUCUGACCACAACAGGAAAGGAGGGCGUCCAUCCCUGACAUACCAGGGAGAGGAAGAAGAAAACGGUCCAUUUCUACCACGUCAAAGGAAACUGCGGGGUGCGUUUGUAGCGUUAGAGGACAGGUGAGGCUGAACUUGACAACUCUGGGCUGUGGACCAAAGUGUGGAAAAGAAGGGGGGGAGGAAGACGACGAAGAGGUGGGACAAGAGGAGCAGUGGGUCUGGGCGUGGAGCCCAAACACAAGCAGGAUGGGAGAGAAGAAAGUUAGUCUCCCUGCUAAGCUGAUUAAUGGGGGCGUGGCGGGCCUGGUUGGUGUGACAUGUGUAUUUCCUAUAGAUCUGGCCAAGACCCGCCUACAGAACCAGCAGGGCAUCCAAGUCUACAAAGGAAUGCUUGACUGUUUGGCCAAGACGGUGCGCUCAGAAGGCUAUUUUGGAUGCUACAGAGGUGCAGCGGUAAACCUCACUCUAGUUACACCUGAAAAAGCCAUCAAACUGGCUGCCAAUGAUGUCUUCAGACAGAAGCUCUCUAAGGAUGGGAAGUUGCCGCUGUGGGGGGAGGUACUGGCAGGUUGUGGGGCUGGAACCUGCCAGGUGGUGGUCACCACACCCAUGGAGAUGCUAAAGAUCCAGUUACAAGAUGCAGGAAGGCUUGCUGCACAAAGGCCAAUGGCAGCUCCAGCACAGGCUGCUGCUCCUGGGCCAGCCCCAUCGCUGGUGGCCCCCUCUUCACAAGCCCAAUCAACCCCACCACCACGACCCUCAGCCACAGGCAUCACCAUGGAGCUGCUGAAGACUCGUGGCCUAGCUGGUCUCUACAGAGGGGUAGGAGCCACCUUAAUGAGGGAUGUCCCCUUCUCUAUGAUCUACUUCCCCCUGUUUGCCAACCUUAAUGCCCUGGGCCGGGAAAGUGCAAGUGGGCAGGCUGAUGUGCAGGCCCGGGCGCCGUUCUGGCAGUCCUUUGUGGCAGGCUGCUCCGCUGGCUCAGUGGCAGCUGUGGCAGUUACACCGCUGGAUGUAAUAAAGACCCGUCUGCAGACCUUGCAGAAAGGUGCCGGGGAGGAUACAUACAGAGGAAUUCUUGACUGCACAACGCGCAUCAUGAGGCGAGAGGGUCCAUCAGCAUUCCUGAAGGGUGCGACCUGUCGUGCUUUAGUCAUUGCUCCUCUUUUUGGCAUUGCCCAGGGUGUCUACUUUCUUGGUGUAGGGGAGACAGUACUAGGGUUGUUGGGAUAGCAAUGCUAAGUACCAGUGGCAGCAGUCGUGUUGUUUCUGUGCAGAUAAUAUGCUGCUUUUGUUACUCAGUGAGCAGAGAAAACAGAGACAGAGGAGAAAUACAGCCACAAUCCACUAACCAAAGGAAGAGCAAUGGUCAGAAUAUGCAUGAAGGAAGCUUCAUUUACUAAUAUGUGGACUAGCGGGUUCACACUAAUGUUUCUCUAGGUUUUCACUUGCUGUAAGCAGGAUUCUGUAGGUUAAGCAAGGUCCUUUGUAUGUGUAUGAUUAAUGUGAGGAUUGUGUCCCAAGCUGGCCUGGUUAUCCCAGGGUAGUUCCUGUCAAUAUGCCUGGGCUUAGUCCUUUCACCUGAGAGAGAUCUGUUAUUUUCUGGGACAAUUGGUGCAUGUUGUUUGAGCCUGCUAACUCAAAUGCCUGCCAGUCCGACAGUUUCUUUGGCCUGUGCAUCAACUUUUUAAGAAUGUCUCUUUUCAAGCUUCAUCUAAAAACCCUUUACAGACAUGGAAUAUACAACAUCGCUGGCCUCGCUCUAUUUUUAAAGAGAGUACAUUACCAUAUGGUUUUAUAGUCAUGUUUCUCUUGGGUUCACAUACUCACAGAGAUGGCAGAGAAAUCCUGUAGUAUAUCCCAGUACAUACAAAUGGAUGAAGGGGAAAUGAGCAUAUAAUCUAUGUAUUAUCUUAAGGGAAGUCUAAUUAGACUUUUGAAUAUUCUCGCCGUUUGUUUUGACAUAAAGCAGGGUCUCAUUUGUGUGCGUGUGCUUCAUAAUGCUGCACGGCCCCCUGCACACACACUUGGCGACAGAUUUUUCAUUGAUUGGAAAAAACAAUUAAAAAAAAACUGUUUUAAAGGGCAUUGUCCAGUGAACUAAGGAACUCACAAACUCUUAAUGUGACAGCAUGUAUUUGCAGUUGUGCUGCAUUGAAAGUGAUAUAAAAAAUGCGAUAUAUCCCCCACCUUUUCAGGAAUAACCCACUAGGAUGCUUAUUCAGGCAUCAUGUGGUCAGACUGAUGAAAAGCAGUACCUGUCUUAACAGAGUCUUAAUGAUAUAUGAUGUUUAAUGUCAGAGUCUGAACUGCCAAUCACUCAGACGUCAAUGUUUUUCUCUUAAAACGGGGCUCCAUAUCCUUCUUCCUACUGUUAAUUAUCCCUCCUACUCGAGCCUCGAGUAAUCUUGGAAUCUUUCACUGGACUUAAAGGUGCUGCCUGCCAGUGUCUCUGAGGUCAUUAGUUAAUCUGAUGGUAAUGCUUUAAUCGCUGCAUUAGCAUACAAUAUACACUAACAGACUGCUCACUUCCUGCUCGAGAGCAACUGCAAAACCACAAUCCCACAGACUUAACGUCCUCUUCUCCGCAGCUUGCAACGGUUUAAAUAAAACCUUGCUGUCGCCUUGGAUUCAUUUUACCGCUUAGUUACAGUUAUACAUAAUACGCUUCAGUGUACGCACAAUAACUAAAGAAAAUGCAAUUAAGGCCUUAUGACUGCUGGUAGUUUCGAAAGCAUAAAAACUGUAAGUCUUAAAUCAGUGGAACUGGUUGUGUUGAAAUAUUGUUUUGGUACUCGAGUCCAAUUUUAGCAAAAGACAGCUGUAACCGUUAGACCCAUGGAGGGAGUAUGGCAACUUGUCUGGCCAACAGUUUGCCAUUACUGAAUCCCACUGGAUGCCACUAAAAGGUUUUGUUUUUUACAUUUUUAAUGCAAGACACAUUUUGAUGUGGAUAUUCUAUAUAGGUUUCCUCAUUGUAGAGUGAACAUAGCCUGAGUAAAGUGUAUGUUUACAAGCUGUAAAUAAAGAUAUCUCAAACAUGUUCAUUUCUCAUGUCACUUUAAUUGAUAUUGUGGUAUAUUAUUACCUUGAGAACAAUGCUCAGCAACUCUGUGUACACACACACACACGCACGCACGCACACACGCGCCUGUAUCUUUGGUUUAAAUAUGCAGCUUGCUCAGUUUACUCAAACUGAAAUGACUGAAGACAAACAUCUGUAAUGUCAUUAGAACAUUAAUGAGUCCUUUUAAGAGAAGAUGAAUAGAGGACAUUUCAAAGUAAGAGCACUUGCUGAAUUGUUA